AUGGCUUUGAGAACUAUAGGAAAUAAAUUUUUAACAGGUUCUACUAUAAGACCCUUUGUAACAAGCAAAUAUUCUAAUUUUCCCGGAAUUAGAAAAUAUUCAGUCUCUCCGAAAGAUGGUAAAUUUUUCAAUAAUAAUAUUUCAUUAAGCAUCAUUGACUCUCUCCCCGGAGACACCUUACUUACAAAAACAGGAUAUAUCACUGUUGGAGUUGGAUUGUUAUCUUUAAUAAUUUCCAAGGAAUUAUAUGUUUUUAAUGAGGAGACCUUGCUGUUGUUUGCUUUUACUGGGAUGGCGACAACUGUUUUUCGUUUAACUAGAGAACCUUUUAAUGAAUUUGCACAAGAGAAAAUGGAUCGAGUCAAUAAUAUUCUCGAUCAAACUCAAGAAAAUCAUAAAACUGCUGUAAAAGAAAGAAUUGGAACAGUUCAACACUUAGGAGACCUUGUUGAUGUUACAAAGGCAAUGUUCGAAAUGUCCAAGGAUACCGCAAAGCUAGAAGCCGAGGCUUUUGAGUUGAAACAAAAAGUUAUUGCGGCUUCUGAAAUUAAAUCAGUCUUGGAUUCAUGGGUACGAUAUGAAGCAACUUUGCGUGAACGUGAACAAAAAGAUUUGGCGAACCAUGUCAUUGGGCGUGUUAUGGCUCAGUUACAGAACGAAAAAUUGCAAAAUGAAAUUUUAAGUCAAGCAGUUAUUGAUCUUGAAAUUAGUUUUGCAAAUGUAUUGUAA